AUAAAAACAGAUUAAGGUAUUUUUUAUUUUUAUGUAUUGAUUAUAUUAAUAAAUUGUAUAAAAUAUGUAAUAUUAGUUAAAUUUUCGGUCAUAAAAUUAUUAAUAAUCAUAGUAUAGACUAUUAGUAUAUUCUAAAAAUGUAUAUUUAAAGAAAAUAGUUAAUUUAGGUUUUAAAGGAAAAGAUCAGAGAAUAAAUUGGUUGAAUUUUACUUUAUUAAAUGCUCUAUUAUUUUAAAAAAAGAAUAGGAAAUAUUUUCUUUUAAAUUAAUUUCUUUUUCUUUAUUAUUUUAUUAGAUUUAAGCUUUAUUUUUUAAUAUAUAGGAAAUUAUUUAUUCUAAUGUUAACAUUUUUAAAUUAUCUUAAGAAAUAAUUAUUAAAAAUUUUUCAUAUUUUUAUUAAUCAUUUUCAUUAUGAUUUAUUUCAUAUACUAAUUAUUUUAAAUGAAUUUCUAAAGUUUCAAUAAAAAUAUUGUUUUUGGAAAGUUCAAUCAUUUCAGGUCUUAUUUAUAUAGAAAUGUCAAAAAAUAUCUUAAAAGCAUAAUUAGUUAUUUCUAAAUUAUC